AUGUCCCUCACCGUGGACCAGCUCAACGCCGACAGCACAUUUAUCCUGACAUUUGCGCCACCCUUUGCUCCUGCUACGAACAAAGAUCAUCUGAAGUUCCCUGGGACUUUUACCAUACUCAUUGAUCCGUGGUUGAAUGGCGAAUCAAUCAUGUUCCAUCCCAAGUUCGCCAGCACCAACCACACUGUGCGAUCGAGCGUACAAUCUCUAGCCGACGUUGCCUCCACUAUAGACUUGAUUGUUGUCAGUCAGGCCUUGUCAGAUCACUGCCACAAAGCUACACUCUGCUCAUUACCCCAGGAUACCAACAUUAAGAUUGUUGCUACUCCAAAAGCCGCAGCGAUCAUCCAAUCAUGGAAGUAUUUCCACAAUCCGAUUAUCCAUGUGAUGAAGCCAUACAGCAAAGACAAGGAUGAUACGGUCGUCCGCAUAGCCAUCGACCCCUACUCCUCCUCAAGUGCUCAAGGCGAAGUUACCAUCGCCAACGUGGCUCAGAAACUUGACAUUUCCGGCGUCCACAAUGCCAUUGGAAUCACAUAUUGUCCUCCGGGCACUCUCCUAACAGCCGCCGAUGGCAGCACCGUCAACCUCGCAGACAUGACUAUGAUGACCAGCAACAAGAAAACAUCCACUGUCAAGAAAGGUUCCAAACAACCUUCACCACUCUCGAAUUCCAUACAUCGCAAGGACGCAACGACAUCCAGCGCGCUUAAAAACGAUCGGCCUAGCACGAGCUACUCGAACACCAACCGUCGCGCCAACUACGAGAAAGUUCUUUCGGUCAUAUACACUCCCCACGGCACUUCACGUUCCUCGCUUGGACCAUAUGUUGAACAUCACCUUACACCUCUCCGCGCACUACCCAUCACCGCACUAUUCCACAGCAUGAACACCGAGACGAAUCCCUGGUACAUGGGCGGUCGAAUCUGUGAUGGAGCUCCUAGGGCUGUUGGCAUUGCCGAAGCCUUUGGAGCAAAAUAUUGGAUCGGAGCGCACGAUGAAGUCAAGGAGGUCAGUGGAUAUGGGACAAAGCUGGUGCAGAGUCGACCUUGUGGGAUGGAGGAGGCGCGGGCCAUGCUUGAGGAUCGUGAAAAUGGUGGAGAGACGGAGGUUGUUGUCUUGGGGAGCGGAGGACGAAGAAGAUUUGAGGGGUGA